AACUGCACAGACAUGUCAGCCCUGACAGUUCAUCAGAAAAGGAAUUUGAAGGGAACUCACAAAGGAAUCUGGAAUUUCUGCAGUUCAUUAGGCUUAUUACUAGAGACUGCAUUUUAUUUAGAUUCUGUGUUUUAAAUGAAUAAUGUGACUAAAGGCUUUCUGUUUAGUUAAAUGGCACAAUGCGAACAGGGUAAAUAUGAGGUUGCUAUGCUCUAGUGGGAAGAAGCCUGAAGGAAGCAGCUACGUGGUCUGCUGUGCAUUGUGCUACGGGGUGUUUCUAGAACGUGGAGAUGGUAGGAGUGCUGGCUGGCACCACGGACUCCGUCGUUGACGCUCACCUUGUUCUCCCCCGAGGUGCCCAUGGUGCCACUGCAGAGAGCUACCCUGGGAGUCCUCAGCACCCUGCCCUCGCUCCAUGAGCCUUGGGGGCUGCGGUGAGAAGAGCUGCACAGUACUGCUUCCAUCGCCUGCCUGCCUGCCCUCCUGCCCCGUCCGUGAGGAACCCGGAAUACAACUCCACGUAAACGGAUAUUUGCAGAUGGCUUCAAGAGCAGACCCCUCGUGACCCAUUAGUCUCCGCAGUGUCGGUGCAUCAGCAGCAACGGGGUGACGUCUGUGUGCGAGGUCCCCAUCCUCACGUCCCCUGGAGGGCUCUGCAUUUUCCUCUUUGAACUGGACAGCUGCAUGCUGGCUACUUUGCUUGGGCGCAGACCUCUUCACGGUCAGUUGGAGAGAGGAGCCUGACGGCCGCGCUCUCUCUCAUGAGGGUUGAGGAAACUGAAGCUGAAGGAUUGCCUUACUUGUUUGAGAAGGAGAGUAUACAUAUUUGCGCGCACUUGUGCAAAAGGGGGGCAGAGGAAAAGAAUCUCAAGCAGGCUCCCCAGUGAGCGUGGAGCCCGAUCUCAUGACCCUGAGCUCAGGACCUGAACCAAAAUCACGAGUCUGACGCUUAACUGACUAAGCCGCCUAGGCACUCCAAGGAGACUGAAGUUCAAAGAAAAUCGGUUUAUUUAUUUCAGAGUGAGUGAGAGAGAACAUGUAUGAGGGUCGAGGAGACAGAGUGAGAGUGAGAAUCUCCAGCAGACUUCCCCCUGAGCAUGGAGCCUGAUGUAGGGCUCGAUCCCAUGACCCUGAGAUCAUGACCUGAGCUGAAAUCAAGAGUCGGAGGCCCAACCGACUGAGCCUCCCAGGCACCCCAAGUGCAGGGUUUGUGCCCACUGCUUUGGGGAGCUGGUAUUGGUCUACUGCCAGGUGGUUGGAACAGUGGAGUGGCUAUGCCUCCUCACACUGUAAACACCUUGUAUCUUGAGAGGGGUCUCUCUAGGUUGGUGGUCUCUCUAGGUCCAGCUGGCCUGGAGCCCAGAUGACCCAGAUCUGGCUCUGCACCAAAACCAGUUGUGAGUCCUUGGGUAAAUUACCUCAUUUUAGCAUCUUUAUCUGUGGACCAGUUACAUCUAGUGAGAUCUAUGGUUCCAUGAAAUCAGGAGUUUUCUGAACUUUUUUGACUUAUAACCUGAUGAGUUUCAAUUGAGGCAGCAAUUUGGGUUGGCCUCAGCUGGGUUACUCUGAAUUGCUUCAUGCAGGGAAUUUUGUUUUUCAAGAUGACCAGGCCUAUAAGCCCUUGGAACGUGAGAUGUCCUUAACUACUUUCAUAUCAUUUUUGCUGUCUUCAUUUCUGUGCUUUCCCCCUGCCCCAACUCUCUCAUACCUAGACCCCCACAAAACUACAUGCUACAGAGUAUGUGCUCAACAAAUACGGAGGGAAUAAACAAAUACAGAUGAAUGCUACUGGUCUUCACCCCUAGCACUAUGGGUCGUCCAAUUUAUCAGAUUAAUAAGAUUGUUUUCAUUUAGAUGUGGUGGCUUUGCUUUUGUUUUUAAAUUUAAAUUCAACUAGCCAACAUAUAGAACAUCAUUAGUUUCAGAUGUUGUGGUCAGUAAUUCAUCAGCUAUAUAUAACACCCAGUGCUCAUCACAUCACGUGCCCUCCUUAAUGCCUGUCACCCAGUUACCCCAUCCUCCACCUCCUUUCCCUCCAGCAGGCCUCAGUUCCCUAGAGUUAAGAAUCUCUCAUGGUUUGUCUCCCUCUCUGAUUUCCUCCCAUUCAGGUUUCCCUCCCUUCCCCAAUGAUCCUCUGCACUGUUCCUUAUAUUCCACAUGAGUGAAACCACAUGAUAAUUGUCUUUCUCUCAUUGACUCAUUUCUCUCAGCAUAAUACCCUCCAGUUCCAGCAAUUGCACAACUAGGUGUUUACCCCAAAGAUACAAAGGUGGUGACCCAAAGGAGCAUCUGCACCCCAAUGGUCAUAGCAGCAAUAUCCACAAUAGCCAAACUAUGGAAAGAGCCCAGAUGUCCAUCAGCAGAUGAAUGGAUAUAGAAGAGAUGUGAAUCUCGGGCUAUCCGACAGCCAAGGUCACAAUGCUGCCCCUCCGUCACGCUCUGGCCGUAGCUGUUGUCCACAUCUUUAUCUUAUCAGAAAGCUGGGCUUUGGCCAAGAACAUCAACUUCUACAACGUGAGGCCGCCUCUUGACCCUACACCAUUUCCAAACAGCUUCAAGUGUUUUACCUGUGAAAAUGCGGGAGAUAAUUAUAACUGCAAUCGAUGGGCAGAAGACAAAUGGUGUCCACAAAAUACACAGUACUGCCUGACAGUUCACCACUUUACCAGUCACGGAAGAAGUACAUCUAUCACCAAAAAAUGUGCCUCCAGAAGUGAAUGUCAUUCUGUUGGCUGCCACCACAGCCGAGACUCUGAACAUACAGAGUGCAGGUCUUGCUGCGAAGGGAUGAUCUGUAACGUGGAGCUGCCCACCAACCACUCCAACGCGGUCCUGGCCGUGACGCGCGCCCCGGGGACGUCGGGGGGACCCGCGUCCGGCCUGCAGGUGCCCGGCCUGCCCGCGCUCACCUGGGCCUUGGUGCUGCUGCUCCUGUGAGCCCCCCGGAGACCCCUCGGAGCAUCCCGGAGCCCCUUGGAGCACCCCGGAACCCCCCUCAGAGACCUCCCGGAGCAUCCCGGAACCCCCUCAGAGACCUCCCGGAGCAUCCCGGAGCCCCCCAGAGCUGCCCGGAGCCCCUUGGAGCCCCCCGGAACCCCCCGGAGCUGCCCGGAGCCCCCCGGAGCCUUCCGGAGCUGCCCGGAGCCCCCCGGAGACCCCCCGGAGCAUCCCGGAGCCCCUUGGGCACCCCGGAACCCCCUGGAGCCACCUGGAACCCCCCCGGAGCACCUCGGAGCUGCCUGGAGCCCCCGGAGCCCCCUAGAGCCGCCCAGAGCCCCCCAGAGCCCCUCCGCAGACCGUGUGGACGCCGCUCCUGGGCGCGGCGACCCGCCUGGCGCUCGGCGGAGGAGCGGAGCCCAGAGCCUGGAGUUCGGACCCCGGGGCAGGAGCAGCCGUUCGCUGGGCCGAGACGCUUCUGCUCCAGCCACAGGGUUGAGGACGGGACGUGGGAAGGAAGGAAUGCGCGGGGCUCGUGUGGCUUCUGGGCCCAAGGGGCUGCGUGGUGUCGCCUCUGCGAGGAGGAACCUGGUGGCACCUGCAGCAGGUGCGGGGGUGAGGUAGCUGAACAUACACCUUGACCUCGAGACUCUUUGGCAGCUGCGGGGUCAGACCCUCAACCGUCUGCAAGGAGGGGCCUGGUGGCACCUGCAGCAGGUGAGGGGGGCGGCCUGCGCCCAGGCCUGCCCAGGCCCCUAGCUGAAGGCACACCUUGACCUCGGGGCUCUUCAGCAGCUGCGGAGUCAGACCCUCGCCUCUGCGUGUGAUCAGCUCAGUGUGUGUCUCUGAAAUCUCCCCCUUCCCCUGGGACAGAGCAAGCUCCCCACCAACGACCUAGUCCGAGUUAAAGGGAACUAACUAUGGGAAAGAAACUUCCAGCUGAAUGAAUAGGAAACUUACCUGCUCAUAUGGGGGGAAAUAAAGCUUUUAAAUUAUACAACGUA